AUGUCUGAACAGGCAUGUCCCCAAUGCAACUCCACGCUUGCCGCCGAUUUCUUCUCGUUGACUGGCGGAGAGAGCAGUCAGACAAAGAGCUGCGCCCUUUGCCUAUGUCCCAUCGAAACACCACAAUCCACCGCACCUCAACAGGUCUCUGGUCCUAGUCAGUCGUCAUCAGAUCCUCUUGCGGGCUCUGGUUCCGCUUUGAAUCCUAUACCUGAGGCCCAGGGAUCAGCCGCGCUACCAUCGUCGGAUCCUCCUGCGGGCUCUACUCUCACUUUGGAUGAUGCUAUAUUUCGAGAAUACACCACGGUAUUAUCGUCCAGUUCUGCUGCAAGCUCUAGUGCCGCUUCGGAUCUCAUACAUCAGGAUUCAACCGCGCUAUCAUCGUCAGAUCCUCCUGCGGAAUCUGUUCCUACUUCAAAUACAACACCUCAGGAACCAACCACACAACCAUCGCCAGAAGUCUCUUUGAGAGAAUGCACCCACUGCCGUAGAAAGCGCCCUCCCAGCGAAUUUGUCUCGGAGCAUGUCAAAGGCCUGACCCGACAAUGUAAGAAGUGCCGCGAUUCGCACAACAAAAGACGAAGGGAAGCUCGAUCACAAAUAUUAUCUGCCAUAAAGGGCUUGGAAGGAUCAAAUGAUCAGAAGCGUGGGGAGAAGGACAAGUCUAAAGAUGUUCUCUCAGAGUGA